CUGGCCAUCUUCUACCGCUCUCUCCAAACCCUAACCUAAGGUUUAUGAAAUGAUCAGGGCUCUGGCUAUCUAUGAAUUGGUCUAGGGUUCCCGUGCAAUUCCUCCAGAGAUGAUUUUCUCCAUACACUGUCCGUACAUUUAGUGUGUGUCUCUGUCUGAAGUGCCACUGCUGAGACAAGAAUGGGCCAGGCGUUUCGUCGAGCAUCGGGGAGCGUUCGGCGUGCGGACUUGGAUCCAUCGUCUUCGUCGCACUUGAAGAACGUAGGAGAUCGGCGGCCGCCGACUGUGCCCGUCGACAAAGUCGGUGUCUCGAAGACUCGUGAUGAUAUCGGUUCUGGCUCCUCGGAGGGUGCCCCGAGAUUUAAUUCUGAAAAUGUCCUCGAGGAGCGAGAUCCCCAAUAUGAUGCCAUGCUUAGUCAGAUGGUGGGUAGAAUCAGAUCUAAGUCUGGAGGGAGACUUGAGAUGGGUGAGGCAUUGGUGGGGGGAAGAUAUAAUAGGCCCAUGCCUAAGCUGCGAAAUACAAAACCAGAGUCUGGAAGGUAUGAAGAAAAACCAGCUCCGUCAGGAACCCUGAAUGCAGCACAGCUGCGACACAUCCUCCUCUUGCAUCAAGGAAAGGCCGAUGAUCAUGAUGGGCCUAUGAAUGUUGAACAAAUUGCUGAGAAAUUUCGAAUUGAUGCCACCAUGGUUCAAAGCAUCUUGCAGUUCCUAUCACUGCCUCCUGAAGAUUGUACUAAGCAGAAAAACAAUCGACAAUGACACCCCUUUGGGAUGUUCGGUUGAAUGGAUAAUGGAUCCUACAGGACACACUACAUCUGUUGAAGUUUCUUCGGCUAGUAAAAUUGUUGAUACCCUCAAGUUAUAGAGCAAGUGCUAGCAGUUACUAAUCCCUGCAAAUUUUGUAUAAUAACUCCAUGUGUUCAGGUGAUAAGCUAUAGUUUCGCAUGGCAUUUUAUGAGGGCCAUGAGAACUAUUUGUUUGCAUGAAUAAUUGAGAGCAACAUUUAACACAGGAUUGUUGGAGUGUCGAAUGCAAAUGGUUUCGCCUUCUGCGCCUCUUGAUUCAA